AUGGGAUGCAUAUCUUCAAAAACUCACACAUUAAUAGUAGAUUAUGAAGGAACUAAAAAAGAAAAAGCAGGAGGAUACACUGACUAUUUGCAAGCAAGAAAAUGGAUAUCAAAUGAGUUUCCUCAUCUAAGAUCUCAAGCUUUUCUGUUACAAACAAUGGAUAAACCUCCAAUGACGAUAAAAAACUCCCAAGAUUUUACAAACGCUUUACGGUUGAAUCCAAAAGUCUUAAAAUUAAAAAUUACUUUAGAAAGACCCCAAAUCUUAAGUACUGAUCCUAUAAGCAAACUUUCCCAAGCAGUUGUAAAGAUUAAAAAUGCAGCUGGCCAUAUAGAAGGAACAGGAGUGCUCAUAUCAGAAACCCUGCUUCUUGCCAGCAGCGAAAUCCUAAAAGAUGAUCUUUGCCUAGAAAAUUACAGUGUUAUGUUUUAUGAUUCACGAUCAACUACAGUUCCAUUCGACUUGAACAGAUUUUAUCACAAAUUUGGAGUAAAUGAGGAAAAUUAUUUUGCUUUGGCACAGUUGAGCUGGUGCAGACAAUUAGAUGUAUUAUUGCACGAUGUCAAGCCUGUCCCUUUAGAGUUAGAACCAUCUUCUAGACGAGGAACAAAAGCUGAUAUUUUGUAUUACCUAAAAACAAAUCCGUCAUUGAAUAGAAGGACUGUAGGCUACAAUAUAGAAAGAGAUAAAAUAAGCCUAGGAGAUAUUUUAUUAGGGGAAGGAGCUCAGGGCGCCCCAAUUUUUGAUGAAAAUUGCAAGCUGCUUGGAUUUUUUUCGACAAAAAUUAAUGCAGGAAUUUCGGUUAAAGCUGUAACUGAGGAACUCAAAAAGUUGUAUAAGAAAGGAAAUCAUGGGGUAGAUGAUCAAAUUGAAUAUGCUUUUAAAAAUUCUAAUUUAGAUCUUCCUGAGCAAGAUUUUCAAUUGCCAGAAGAAGAACCAACGAAUUUAUAUCUUGAAAGUGCUUGCUACUUGGAUUAUAAAAAUGAAAGUCUGAAUUAUCAGCAUUUUACAGAAACAAAAAUUAGAAAAAUUUAUAUCAUAUAUUUUAAAUUUUUUAUAGAGCUUUUGAUGGUAUGAAAAUUUAAUGAUUUAAUAUAUCAUAAAAAAUUUUGCUGUAAGAAAAUGGUACUAAAUGCCUCAACACAGAAUAAUUGUCCUGCUGAUAAAGGGUCCUGUGCUGUAGUCACGCCUAUUGGGAUUAUUAUUACUGGAAAAAGUCUUUCUGGAGACACAAAUAAAGCCUGAAUUUAUGAUAACGCUUUUUCUGAACUACCAAACACAUAUGAUAGCCAUGAGUACCAUUGCUCAGUUAUGCAUGAUAGCUCUCUCUAUGUUAUUUCUGGGAGAAAUUCGAUGUCAAUUGAAAUUUUUGACCUUAGCAAGCGUCAAUGGACAAGGCUUACAAAUUUCAGUAAAAAUCUCUACAAAGCUUCUUGUACAUCAAUUAACAGAAGAAUUUAUAUUUGUGGAGGAAUUAAAGGAGAAAAAAUAUCUCAUUCUAUAUAUUCACUAGAGGGAAGACAGCUGAUUAAACAUGCUUUUAAGAUGCCUGCAUUUAUUUAUGGAGGAGGGCUGCUAAAUUUAAGCUCAAAUCUUGUCAUCUACUUUGGAGGGGUUAUCGGGCUGGAAGAUACAUACAAAGAAAAAAAUCUCAAAUCUUUCAUGAUUAAUAUAGAUAAUGGGAGUAUUUUAGAAGGGAAGAACUUAGAAGAGUCAAUGGAAUUCUAUACAAUUCAACCCUAUUAUAGGAAAAAAGAAGCAAUUAUAUUUUCUACUAAAGGUAAGUUAUUGAGAUAUUCAAGUUUCACUAGAUAUAAGUAUAUUUAUAUAGGAAAUAAUUUUUGCUAAUUUAUUUUAGAAAGGAUACGACAUCAAAAAAGCUAAGUUUUUUUAUUUCAGUAUUCAGCUUGAAGAGGCAGAGGACUAUAGCGUUGAUUAA